UGUGUCCCCUUCCCCCCCCCCCCGGGCGUGCGUGGGCGGGGGUGGGGCGGGGUGGGGAGCCGUCCCCGUGGCAACCGCCCGCCCCCGCCUGGCCCGCACACGCGUGUCCUGACAUGUGCGUGUGCACGCCCGGCUGUGCGCGUGCGCUGCAGGCCCGCGCCGCGAGGCCGGAGCCGUGGGGACGCGCGUGGCGGGGGGACACGCGUGGCCGGGGACGCGCCGGGGACACGCCGCGCCGGGCCGGGCGAUGCUGCGGGCCCCGGGGCCGCUGGGGCCGCCCCCCGGCCGCCUCCUCCUGCCCGACGCCGCCGCCGCUGCCCUGCGGCUGCUGCCGCCGCUGCCCGGGCACCCCGGGCAGGAUGCGACCCCUCGCCCUGCGCCGCAGAUGGAGCCGGUGCCGAAGGCGGUGCUGGGGGCGGCGCUGGCCAAGCCCCGGCGCCCCGUCAUCGCCUGCAGCGUCUGCCAGAUCCGCUUCAACUCCGAGAGCCAGGCGGCAGCGCACUACCAGGGCAACCGGCACGCGCGGCGCCUGAAGGGGCUGGAGGCCGCCCGUGCCCGCCGGGGGGGGGACACCGGGGACACCCAGGACACCCCUGGCCCUGCGCCCCCCCCGGCUGGGGAGACGCCUGACCGCCCAGGCGAGCAGCCCCCGGCCCCCGCAGCCCCGGGUGCCCCCGGGCCCCCCUCGCCCCCCGUUCCCCCCCCGGCCGUGGCCACGGAGGCGUCGGGGGGGACGCGGGGGGACGCGGCGGGGGGCGAGGAGGAGGAGGAGAAGGCGAAGGCCAAGCGGCUGCUGUACUGUGCCCUCUGCAAGGUGGCCGUCAACUCCCUGUCCCAGCUGGAGGCCCACAACAAAGGGACGAAGCACAAGACGCUGGUGGAGGCGCGCAGCGGGCUGGGGCCCAUCCGCGCCUUCCCGCGGCUGGGGGGGGCUGCGGGGACCCCCCCGGCCGAGGCCCCCGAGCGCUCCUUCCACUGCCAGAUCUGCAACGUCCGCCUCAACUCCGAGCUCCAGCUCAAGCAGCACAUCUCCAGCCGGCGGCACCGUGAUGGGGUGGCCGGAAAACCCAACCCGCUGCUGAGCCGCCACAAAAAACCCCGGACCCCCCCGGAGCUGGCGCCGCUGCCCUUCCCCAAGGAGCUGCCCAAGGCGCUGGCGGGGGGGGGGCUGCUGCCGCCCCCCCUGGCCCUGGCAGCCGCCGCCGCCGCCAUGGCCGCCCCCCCGCUGGCCCUGCGCCCCCCCGGGCCCCCCCUCCUGCCCGGGCCCCCCCUGGCCCCCGCCCUGCUCCGCCCCGCCCCCGGGCCCCUGCGCCCCGCCCACGCCCCCCUCCUCUUCUCCCCGUACUGACACCCCCCCCCCCCCGGCAACCGUCGCCCGGCAACCGGCAACCCCCUGGCGAACGGUACCCAACCAUCACCCGGGGCCCAGCGGCGGUUACCUGGCAACCGUUACCCAGCAACUGCAACUGGCAACC